CCGCCGCAGAAGUGUCUGCGCCUGGACCCGGCCGCGCCCGUGUGGGCCGCCAAGCAGCGCGUGCUCUGCGCCCUCAACCACAGCCUCCAGGACGCGCUCAACUACGGGCUCUUCCAGCCGCCCUCCCGGGGCCGCGCCGGCAAGUUCCUGGACGAGGAGCGGCUCUUGCAGGAGUACCCGCCCAACCUGGACACGCCCCUGCCCUACCUGGAGUUUCGAUACAAGAGGCGAGUUUAUGCCCAGAACCUCAUUGAUGAUAAGCAGUUUGCAAAGCUUCACACAAAGGCAAACCUGAAGAAGUUCAUGGAUUACGUCCAGCUGCACAGCACGGACAAGGUGGCCCGCCUACUGGACAAGGGGCUGGACCCCAAUUUCCACGAUCCUGACUCAGGAGAGUGUCCUCUGAGCCUUGCGGCCCAGCUGGACAAUGCCACGGACCUGCUGAAGGUGUUGAGGAAUGGCGGUGCUCACCUGGACUUCCGCACUCGAGAUGGGCUCACUGCAGUGCACUGCGCUGCGCGUCAGCGGAAUGCGGCAGCUUUGACGACCCUGCUGGACCUGGGCGCUUCACCCGACUACAAGGACAGCCGCGGCCUGACGCCCUUGUACCACAGUGCCCUGGGGGGCGGGGAUGCCCUCUGCUGUGAGCUGCUUCUUCACGACCAUGCUCAGCUGGGGACCACGGAUGAGAAUGGCUGGCAGGAGAUCCACCAGGCCUGCCGCUUUGGGCAUGUGCAGCACCUGGAACACCUGCUGUUCUACGGAGCUGACAUGGGGGCUCAGAACGCCUCAGGGAACACAGCCCUGCACAUCUGUGCCCUUUAUAACCAGGAGAGCUGUGCUCGGGUCCUUCUAUUCCGUGGAGCUAACAAGGAUGUCCGCAAUUACAAUAGCCAAACAGCCUUCCAGGUGGCCAUCAUUGCAGGGAACUUUGAGCUUGCAGAAGUCAUCAAGACCCAUAAAGACUCGGAUGUUGUACCAUUCAGGGAAACCCCCAGUUAUGCAAAGCGGCGGCGGUUGGCUGGCCCCAGUGGCCUGGCUUCCCCUCGGCCCCUGCAGCGCUCAGCCAGUGACAUCAACCUGAAGGGUGAGGUGCAACCGGCAGCUUCUCCUGGACCCUCGCUGCGAAGCCUCCCCCAUCAGCUGCUGCUCCAGCGGCUGCAGGAGGAGAAAGACCGAGAUCGGGAUGGUGACCAAGAGAAUGACAUCGGUGGCCCCACAGCAGGCAGGGGCAGCCAGAGCAAGAUCAGGUAGGAGGCAUCUGGGAGGCCCUGUCGGUGCCUAGAUGCCAGAUUCCCCGCCCCUCCCCGCCCCCCCUCCCCUCCUGGCCGGGGCCCGAAGCGGAAACUUUACAGCGCCGUCCCCGGCCGCAAGUUCAUCGCCGUGAAGGCGCACAGCCCGCAGGGCGAGGGCGAGAUCCCGCUGCACCGCGGCGAGGCCGUGAAGGUGCUCAGCAUUGGGGAGGGCGGUUUCUGGGAGGGGACCGUGAAAGGCCGCACGGGCUGGUUCCCGGCCGACUGCGUGGAGGAGGUGCAGAUGAGACAGUAUGACACACGGCAUGAAACCCGGGAGGACCGGACGAAGCGCCUUUUCCGCCACUACACAGUGGGCUCCUAUGACAGUCUCACUUCACACAGUGAUUAUGUCAUUGACGACAAGGUGGCUGUCCUGCAGAAACGGGACCAUGAGGGCUUUGGUUUUGUGCUCCGGGGAGCCAAAGCAGAGACCCCCAUCGAGGAGUUUACACCCACACCAGCCUUCCCUGCGCUCCAGUAUCUUGAGUCGGUGGAUGUGGAGGGUGUGGCCUGGAGGGCCGGGCUGCGCACAGGAGACUUCCUCAUCGAGGUGAACGGGGUGAACGUGGUGAAGGUCGGGCACAAGCAGGUGGUGGCUCUGAUCCGCCAGGGCGGGAACCGCCUCGUCAUGAAGGUUGUGUCUGUGACAAGGAAGCCGGAAGAAGAUGGGGCUCGGCGCAGAGCCCCGCCGCCCCCCAAGAGGGCCCCCAGCACCACGCUGACCCUGCGCUCCAAGUCCAUGACGGCCGAACUUGAGGAACUUGCCUCCAUUCGGAGACGGAAAGGGGAGAAACUGGAUGAGAUCCUGGCAGCCGCCGCGGAGCCUACACUGAGGCCAGACAUCGCAGAUGCUGACUCAAGAGCCGCCACGGUCAAACAGCGGCCCACAAGUCGGAGGAUCACCCCUGCUGAGAUCAGUUCUUUGUUUGAGCGCCAGGGCCUCCCAGGCCCAGAGAAGCUGCCCGGCUCCCUGCGGAAGGGGAUUCCACGGACCAAGUCUGUAGGGGAGGAUGAAAAGCUGGCGUCCCUGCUGGAGGGACGCUUCCCGAGGAGCACAUCAAUGCAAGAUUCAGUGCGCGAGGGCCGUGGCAUCCCGCCCCCGCCGCAGACCGCGCCGCCACCCCCCCCUGCUCCCUACUACUUCGACUCCGGGCCGCCCCCCGCCUUCUCGCCGCCGCCCCCUCCAGGCCGCGCCUACGACACGGUGCGCUCCAGCUUCAAACCCGGCCUGGAAGCGCGCCUGGGCGCUGGGGCCGCAGGCCUGUAUGAUUCCGGCUCGCCCCUGGGUCCGCUGCCCUACCCCGAGCGGCAGAAGCGUGCGCGUUCCAUGAUCAUCCUGCAGGAUUCCGCGCCAGAGGUGGGCGACGUCCCCCGGCCCCCUCCCGCAGCCACCCCACCAGAGCGUCCCAAGCGUCGGCCGCGGCCGCCGGGUCCCGACAGUCCCUACGCCAACCUGGGCGCCUUCAGCGCCAGCAUCUUCGCGCCUUCCAAGCCUCAGCGCCGCAAGAGCCCGCUGGUGAAGCAGCUGCAGGUGGAAGAUGCUCAGGAGCGCGCAGCCCUGGCUGUGGGCAGCCCUGGCCCAGUCGGCGGCAGCUUCGCCCGCGAGCCCUCCCCGACGCACCGUGGACCUCGGCCAAGCGGUCUCGACUACGGCCCUGCGGACAGCCCCGGCCUCACGUUUGGUGGCCCAGGUCCAGGCAAGGACCGGCGGCUGGAGGAGCGGCGCCGCUCCACCGUGUUCCUCUCGGUGGGAGCCAUCGAGGGCAGCCCUCCCAGUGCGGAACUGCCCUCCCUGCAGCCCUCCCGCUCCAUCGAUGAGCGCCUUCUGGGGACCGGCCCCACCACUGGCCGUGACCUGCUCCUGCCCUCCCCCGUCUCUGCUCUGAAGCCAUUGGUCAGCGGCCCAAGCCUUGGGCCUUCAGGCUCCACCUUCAUCCACCCGCUCACCGGCAAACCCCUGGACCCCAGCUCCCCCCUGGCCCUCGCCCUGGCUGCCCGUGAACGGGCUCUGGCCUCCCAGGCGCCCUCCCGGUCCCCUACGCCCGUGCACAGCCCUGACGCUGACCGCCCUGGGCCUCUGUUUGUGGAUGUACAGGCCCGCGACUCUGAGCGAGGGGCCCUGGCCUCCCCAGCCUUCUCCCCAAGGAGCCCGGCCUGGGUUCCUGUGCCUGCUCGCAGGGAGCCGGAGAAAGCACCCCGGGAGGAGCGUAAGUCGCCGGAGGACAAGAAGUCCAUGAUCCUCAGCGUCCUGGACACAUCCCUGCAGCGGCCAGCUGGCCUCAUCGUCGUGCACGCCACCAGCAAUGGGCAGGAGCCCAGCGGUCUGGGGGCUGAAGAGGAGCGUCCGGGCACCCCAGAGCUGGCCCCGGCCCCCACACAGUCAGCAGUGGUGGCGGAGCCCCUGGCCAGUCCCCGGGCCCAGCCCCCUGGCAGCACCCCGCCAACAGACCCUGGGCCCGGCCAGGGCAGCUCGGAGGAGGAGCCAGAGCUGGUAUUUGCUGUGAACUUGCCGCCUGCCCAGCUGUCCUCCAGUGAUGAGGAGACCAGGGAGGAGCUGGCCCGCAUUGGGCUGGUGCCACCUCCUGAAGAGUUUGCCAACGGGGUCCUGCUGGCCACCCCACUUCCUGGCCCAGGUCCCUCGCCCACCACGGUGCCAGGCCCGGCCUCAGGGAAGCCGAGCAGCGAGCCACCCCCUGCCCCUGAGUCUGCGGCUGACUCAGGGGUGGAGGAGGCUGACACACGCAGCUCUAGCGACCCCCACCUGGAGACCACGAGCACUAUCUCCACGGUGUCCAGCAUGUCCACCCUGAGCUCGGAGAGUGGGGAGCUCACCGACACUCACACCUCCUUCGCCGAUGGACACACUUUUCUACUCGAGAAGCCACCAGUGCCUCCCAAGCCCAAGCUCAAGUCCCCGCUGGGGAAGGGGCCGGUGACCUUCAGGGACCCGCUGCUGAAGCAGUCCUCGGACAGUGAGCUCAUGGCCCAGCAGCACCAUGCCGCCUCUGCUGGGUUGGCCUCCGCUGCCGGACCUGCUCGCCCUCGCUACCUCUUCCAGAGAAGGUCCAAGCUGUGGGGGGACCCCGUGGAGAGCCGGGGGCUCCCUGGGCCCGAAGAUGACAAACCAACUGUGAUCAGUGAGCUCAGCUCCCGCCUGCAGCAGCUGAACAAAGACACACGCUCCUUGGGGGAAGAGCCGGUUGGUGGCCUGGGCGGUCUGCUGGACCCUGCCAAGAAGUCGCCCAUCGCGGCAGCUCGGUGAGCAGGGCAGUGUGGGGAGGGUCCUGUCCCAUGUCCAUGGCCCCAUGUGUUCUUCCUCUUGUGCAUCCACAGUUUCCUCUGUUCUUCCUCCACAGUCCAUUCUAUCCCAUUCCUUACCUGUCCAUGGCAUCCCUCCCUGUCCACUUCUGUCCUUUUUAUUCACCCUUGCUGUCUGUCUGAGACAGAAGUCUCUCUCAGGGAUCUGAAAUAUCAGGGCUGCUGUUCUCUCCAUCCCUGUUGGUGCUGGGAAUGGGAGCUGGGCACCCAUGAGAGACCCAGGCAGGGCAUGAGCACCUCCCAACCCUCCUGGAGACUCCCUGCCUCGGGUUCAUGUGGGCUCUCACUCUUUUGCUCCUGACCAAAGCUGCUUCUACUAUUAAGGGUUGUUCUGUGGUCCAUUCUGGAGUUGCCACCCCCCCCCCCAACCCGCCUCGUGGCCAUGUGGCUGGUGCCACCAUUCCUGUAGCUGCCUCCUGCCUUGCUUCCUUUUGAGGCUUAGAGUACAUGGACUCCUUUUCCUUUGGGGGCCCACCACCAACUUCCUGUUUUCUGUCUCUCAGCUCUGCCUCAGUAUCCCUUAAACACAGAUUCCAGUGUAUGAUUUUCAAAGUGCAUUUAGAAGCCAUUCUUUGGUGGAGGUCACACCACCUCUGCACCCUCCAUCUGCCCUCUCGCUUUUUCCAUACCUUCCCUGUCUGUCUGUCUUCUCUUCCCACCUCCUACCAGGGUGGGGGCUGAGCAAGGGGCUGGGGUGCUGUUCUGGUAGAGCUGCCAGAGCCCCUGGGCUGAUCCCUUGGAUAUUUCCUCGAGGACCCCAUUCCCAAGGCUCUGCUCCUGAAGGGGAUCCCCCUCGGGCCUGUGGGCUCCAUGGAUACAUGGGAGAACUGGUUCCUGCCCACGGUGCUGGUCUGAGGCAGAGCUGGUCAUCCCCUGGCUGGCCCUUGUCUGCCCUCUUCAAGCUGCCUUUGCCUUCUUUGCCUCUUAGGCCCUCCUCACUCUUCUGGCUUUGUCGGGGAGUGUGUGGGGUGCCACCGCCUGGCUCCUCCUUCUUGCUCCCUGAAGACUAACCUAGUGGGCCCUUUCCUGUCGUCAUUGGAAGGCACAGUUCACAAAGCAGUGAAGGGUUCAGGUCUGAUAAAGGCUUGUCUGAUUUACCUUCUUCCAGUUAAGGACUCAAAAGAUAAGUUGGGGCUUGGGAAGCUCAUGGUGCCUCUCCUAAGUAGUCCAGGAAUGUUGUCCUUCAGCUUCUGUCAUCUCAGGGGCUUGCUCUGGGGCCCUCUCCCCUUUUUGCCUCUUCCAACUCCCAGCUGAAUGCGAAAGCCCGCUGUCCAGCAAGGCAAUGCUGAAAGUGCCCUGAGAGUAGGCAUGGGUAUGUCCAGGGGUGUCUGUUUGGGAUGAGCAGCCCGGAUCCUAGGCCUCUGCAGGACCUGACCCCCUGAGGGUGGGGGUUCCCUGACCCACCCUCGACCAGCCCCCAUCUUCAUCUCUGCUUCUCCUCCCUUGCCCGGCCCUCCAUUCCUCUGUGUCCCGAUGAACAUCAAAGCCAUUUAAAGUGGGCAGCACAGGGCCUGGUACAGUGUAGGCCCGCAAUAAACAUUUGCUGAACAGAUGAAAGAACUAAGCUAAAUGCAAGCACUGUCUUUUGCGAUUUGAAAUCUAGGGAGGUGGCUUAAGACAAAUACCACCGAAGGACAGACGCAUGAUUCAGAUUUACUGGUUGCCGAACCCCAUGUCAGGCUCAGGUGAGCCCGAGUCGUGUCAUUUGCUCUGCUGGCUCCCACGGGCAGCUGGGCAUCCUCAGCAUUUCUCCUCUGUCAGGGAAAGGGUCUCUUGUUCCAUGGCCCUGGGUUGCACCAGGACACUGUGUUUGUUUUCUUUUUUGGAUGUGGGAUGGGGAAGGGUGGGACCCGCAGUAGCAAACUUUACAUCCCAUCUAUUCCACAGGUCCACUGGAAAAUGAGCCUCUUUCACUCAGUAGUUCUUGCAAAACUCCAGCCUCUGACUGGCUUCAUGUGGGUCCCCUGCUUUCCUCUGAGUGAAUCACUGGGGUCAGGGAGAUGUAAGGCUGCCAUUGGCUAGGCCUGAGUCAUCUCUCUCCUAGGAGCCAGGGCAUGGGGUCACCCCACCUAGCAAACAGGUGCUGAGAGUGAGGGAGGGUGGUUCUUCAGAGGAGAAUCAGGUACUGUUACCAGGGUUCCAGAUGCCAGAUGACCUAAAACACAUGUCCCCUGUGACAUGGCCCUUCCCAACUUCAGCAGCUUGCUUAAUUCCCUGGCAUCAGCUUGGAGUCAGAGGACCCUGGAUUUCAACUCUCAGCUAGCUCCAUCUGGGCUCUGUAGUCUUGGACCAGCCCCUUCUGUGAACGUCAGUCCUUCCCAUGUGAGAUGAUGAGGGUGACACACAGCAUCACCUUGAAGCACUGAGCUCAGGCCUGCAGCAUGGUGGGUUCUCACUAUGUGUGCACUCAGCCAGGCCCUUUGUGGGAAAUAAGAGUGCCAGAUACCAGGGGCGCCUGGGUGGCUCAGUUGUUUGGGCAUCCAACUCUUGACUUC